AUGGCUGCGGUAUCUCAAAAGAUCUUCAAUAAUUAAUUUGUGAUACAAAAGAAGAUCUCCUCAGGUUCAUUCGGCGUUGUGUAUCAGGGAUAUGACUUAAGAUCGUCAGAGCAUGUGGCUAUCAAAGUAGAGAAGCAAGAAAUAGAUGAUUUAUUUAGUUUAGACAGAGAAGUAGAGUGAAAAAUAUUCUAAAUUUAGAUUCAAAUACUGAGAAAUCUACAGGGAUUGCCGUAAGUUCCGAAACUGAAAUGGGCUGGCAAAGAUCAAGGGAACAAUGUGAUGGUAAUUCAAUUAUUGGGAAGAGAUUUAACUCACUAUUUAAGAUAAAGGAAACGUUUUAGUUUGGCAUGCGUUUUGGGUAUAGCUGAUUAGAUGUUGACCAUUCUCGAAGCUAUUCAUAGCAAGUAAACUUUUAAUUCAAGAAAGGGGUAUCAUUCAUCGAGACAUUAAGCCAGAAAAUAUACUGGCAGGUAAGGAUAGAGAACAGAAUACUAUUUAUCUUGUGGAUUACGGAAUCGCUAAGCAAUUUAAAGACAAAGAUGACAAACAUAUGUAAAUCAACUUAUUAAAAUAAAAGUCCUUACAUAGAAAAUAAACCUUUUCUGGGAACAUCCAGAUACGCAAGCAUAGCAGCUCACAAAGGCUAGGAAUUAUCAAGGAAGGAUGAUCUGGAAUCAUUAGGAUAUAUGCUAAUGUAAUUGACAUUGUAAUAUAGAGAUUUUUAUUGAAGGGAAGUUUACCCUGGUAGAACAUAGGUUAUAAAAAUGAGGAUGAGAAGGUAAAGUUGGUAGGAUUGAUGAAAAUGAGAAUUACAGCAUAAGAAUUAUGUUAAGAUUUGCCAAUUGAAUUUAUGCGAUUCAUAGAUUUAGUUAAAAAAAUGAGUUAUCGCGAAAAACCUGAUUAUAGGUAAUCUUAAAUUGAAUAUUAAUUUAGAUAUUUUUAAUAGUUGUUUUAAAGAGUCUCUAUUUAAUAACAGGUAGAGUAUCGAUUUGAUUGGUAUGAUGAAAGCAAUUUCGAGAAAAAGUCAGGGUCAACAUCUCCUAAGAAAUAGCAAUCUAUUAAAAUUUUAGAUUAAUCAUAUUUGAUUCAAUAAAUCUAUUCGCCAAAUAAAAAGAAGGCCAGUGAAGAAUUCGAUGACACUGGACCUUCUAAAAGAGAAUCAAAUGGAAGACCAUCAAUAAUUAAUAAUAAUUCUAAUAAUCUACUUAUGUGUGAUAGUAGAAUGAAUCUGAAAAAUAAAAGUGUUAGUUCAUUCAAUGAAUCCAAUUUGUAGUAUAGUGACAUAUAACCUGAUUUGAGUUGUCUCAUAGCUUAUUAAAGGAAUCUAAGAUAUGGAUCAUUUCAUAAUGAAGCUGAACCUCAAAAACAACCUGAUCGAAGCUCUUCGACUUAGGAUAAACUAAAAGUUAAACACAAGUUAAGUUUGGAUGUCAAACCGAAUUGCUAUAAAUCUCUUGUUGAAUUCUAAUUAGGAUUAAUCAACAAUCCUUCGAUUCUGGAUUUUACAGUAAAUAGUCAGAAUUAAUUGAAUGAAGACGAAAGUCCAUGUCUUGAUGAUAAAUUUAACGUACUAAAAGUCAGCUCAGUUGACAAGUAAUAUCAUUUUUCAUAAUCUUAGUAAAUUCAAAAACCCAAUCCAACUCUUUAGAUUAAAUUUGAAAGAAAGAUCGAGUAUUAAAAAUAAUUGA